CCUCGAGGUUGCUCUCGGGGUGCCAGCUGGGCGGGAAUCUUCGGCCCGAGUCCCGCGCCAUGCCCUCUACCCCGGCCUGACCCGUUGCAGGCCGCGCCUUCGUCUGCAGUCCCACGUGCUCUUUCCAGCUCCGGAGCUAGCACAUAUCUCACCCAGAGCUUCCACGGUUCCCUUCCUCCAUAUAUAAAUUCUACCAAGGAUCCAUGUGAACCAGGAGUCUCGAAGACCCGAGUGCAGAAAAGGAAAUGAGAUAGCUGGAGUUUUUUUGCUAUUGCUAGAUAGUUCCAAUCUCGCCCCCUCUGUAGCUCAGCCGUUGAAACAGUUCAAACGAGAUUGAUCUGGCUUUUCAGGCUUGCCGAAAAUAGAUUUCAGCGGAUCCACUUACUUGUGAGGCUUGUCAAAACGAGCCCCGGACAAACAUUCUACCCGCGGUGAUGCAAAAAGCAGUUCUCCGAAUUCGGCUUCUGGAUGUUCAGAAGGAGAGAGAAACUCAUAAUUACCUCACCAAGGAAACAAUCAAGGAAAAAGUCCAAAUAUACAAUUCAGAUGUUACUGACAAGCUAAAGAUGACAUUGAACGCAAGCGGAAUAUACACUGGUUUCAUAAAAGUUCAGAUAGAACUUUACAGACCUAUCACUCUGCAGUCUUCUGUGAAUGUAGGGAAGCAUCUCAACAGCAAUGAAACAACUUUUUAUUUGCCUAAUGGCUAUAUGAACACUCUUCAUAUCAGCAGUACUAACACAGUCCGUGAAGUUAUUGAGGCCUUGCUCAAAAAGUUUCUGGUGGCUGAUAAUCCUGCCAAGUUUGCACUUUAUAAACAAUGUCAUAAGGAAGAUCAAGUUUAUACGUGCAAGCUCUUGGAAACAGAACACCCUCUCUAUUUGCGAUUGGUGGCCGGCCCAAGAACAGAUACGCUUAGCUUUGUUUUGCGUGAGCAUGAAUCUGGAGAGGUUUUGUGGGAAGCCUUUAGCCUUCCUGAACUACAGAAUUUCCUGCGUAUUCUGGACAAAGAAGAAGAUGAGCAACUACAAACCUUAAAAAGACGCUAUGCAGUAUACAGAGAAAAACUUGAAGAAGCUCUUCGUGGAGUUUGGAUUCCAAGUUAAAAAGGGGCCAAAGAAUACUCAGGGAAGACGUGCAUUGCUUAAUUUUAAAUAACAUGCCAGAUCCAGUACCCUUAGCAAAAUGCCUUUAACAAAGAAUAAUUUGUUCCCAUAAGGGCAGUUCUAUAGAUUGAUAUAUUUUGCAUGUAGUAGCAUAGACAAAUUGCAAUAUUUGCAGGCUUUUCUUUAUGCUAUGUCUUGAUGUUUUUUUCUCUAGUUGUGAUUGUCAGAGAAGUUUGUUUUCAAAGGCAGUAAGAAAUGAAGUUUUUCUGCUUUAAUGUUAAAAUAAAGGGGGUGUAAAUUUUGAUAUGCUAUUCAAACUCAGUUUAUAAUAAGAAUUAGUAGACUAUUUGAUAGCAGAAUUGAUUUGACUGCCUAUUUUCAAGUAUUUCUUUAUAAUUUUGCAAAUUAAAUUAUUUUUAUACAUUGAAGAGAAAUACGUUCAAAAUGUUAAAUUAAAGUCAUUCAAGCAAAUGGAACUAUAGAAGGUAUAAUUGAAGUUGAAAUGAAGGUAAGAGUUGGAGAAAAGAAAUAAAUGUUGAAAUAAUAUUGAAAAGAGAUUGGUUUGCAGUUGGUUAAUAUAUGAGAAAGAAAAUUGAGGGAUUUUGUUUAUUACUGAAAUUAAUAUAUUCAGUGCUAUUAUUGAAGAGGGUUUAUAAUAGAGAGUAAACUGCAUGUAUUUGAUGCGUACCACAUGGUCAGAAACCUAUAUGUAGUUUGGGAUGCUCAAAUAUUGUAGAGAUUUUUAUGAAUCUAAAAUCCACAUUAAAUUGUUAAUUUGGAAUUCUUAUAAUCUAUUAAAUGUCCAAAUGUCUAUUUGAAUUCCUUUGGGUAUCAGUUUAUCUCUUGGAAAAGAGUAAAAAAUUAUCUUCAUGGUGUUAUUUUUAAUAUGAAGCAAAUUUCCUCCAUUUGAAACAGAGCAAUAUUUUUACUUACACUGAUUGCACUGUGAAUAACUUGACAAUCUAUCUUUUUAGUUUCUAUUCUGAAAAGUCAACUAAAACUUGACCAGGGUUCUAGGUGCAAGAUAUUUGUAAGGAGAACAUUUUGCAGUUAAUUAGCAGUAUUCCCCCCCCUCCAAAAAAAUAGUUUAAGGUAUGUAUAACAAAACCAAAGAAAUGGAUGUGCAAUAGAAAAAUGUAGAUAAAUAUAUGACAAAGGUUGUUUUAGGUUGUACACACUAUUUACAGCCCUCAAUCAGGAUAUAUUGACUUGGGAUAAAUUUAAUUUCCAUAAUUUAAAAGAAUCAUGUUGGCCAACCUUUUUUAAAAUGGUAAUCAUUUGUACAUUUACUUUAAACAUUUUGAAGAACAUCCUUAGAAAUAGUGACAUCUGGUGGAUAGUGCAGGCAACACUAAUGUAUUAUUAAAAGGUGCCUUCAGGUUAUUCUUAGGUUGCUUUGUCAAAAUAAGGUUCUAACUUUCAAAGUGCAGAGACAAUCUUUACUACAAUAGAAUAUUAAUUGAUGCUAUUUUGAAAUGUGUGAUUAAUAUAUAAUGACAUACCUUUCUGUUCAUACUUAACUGUAGUACUCUGUAUUUGUCUUUUGCUUCAUUGGAAAAACAAAAUUAUAUAGAAUAGUGGUGCUUGACUUCAACUGUAUUGUUUUUUUUCUGAAGAUACUAAGUCAGGUCAAUGGAUCAGUUUGGAUAUUAUUAAUCUCCUAAUGAAGCAGUGACAUAUUGUGUGCAUCCUAUGUUCCACUAUAGUUUGUUUCUAAUAUAAUUUGCACACAAAUGACCAGUAUGCAAACAUUACUCCUGUAUAAAGUAUCACUGAAAAAAGGGCAUUUCUCUAGAACAGAGUAAAAAGUUCUGAGGUAAAAUAAAGAAUGUUGGGAUGAUUGUUUCAGUUCCCCAUUCAAUAUUCUGUUCUUGCCUCAGAACAUUUGUUCACCCGCCAAGUUCAAGACAUAAUUUCUUUUCCUACCUUAUCUCGGUAGAAAUAUCAUUUCCUUGUUUACCCUUUUAGCAUAAAUCCAAAGCCACAUAAGAAAGCAAUAUUGCUUGUCUCAAAGGGCACACACUGUAAAAGUAAUAUCUAUUAUGUUAAAAAAGGUAAAAAAUGAAUAUCAUCAUGGUAAAGCAAACCAGAAUUUGUUUUUCUGUGUAUGUGGAUGUACACGUGGAUGCAAACAUGAUUUCAGAAUGGUGAUUUGAGGAGAGUAUUUUCCAAUUUGACUCUUUUCCUUAGCUUGCUUAUUGGAGCAGUUAAGCUAUAAACCAGCGUAAGAGUCAUUUAACUGUAUUAAGGUAAAGCAUUUAAUGUUUGAGUUUUUUUAAACAUCUGAUCCUAAGUUUGAAACACUGUUUUUGAAUAUUGAAUGGCAAUUUAUAGAUAUGUGAAUUAUAAUUUUAACUUGAACGUCGUGCUUUUUUUACUCUUUUUUGAUGUGUUUUAUACACUACAGGUUGGAGUAAGAAAAACAGUUUAUAUUAUUCCAGACAUUUUUUUACUUGGGUUACAGCUAUUAUUUUUAAUUAUAAAGAGACUCAAUGAUUAAUUAUUUUAAUGUAGGAUUCAAUGUUUAUUUUAGUGUAACAUUCUUAAUCUUCAAAGAUGUUACAGAUGUUAUGUUUUGAUUAUUUGUUAAUAAAGAGUAGGUUGGAGGGACAUGGAAAACACUUUUUUUGAGAAACAUUAUUUAUUAUUUUUGAGUUUUUUAUACAGAAAUCCAAUUCCUUUUGAUGUAAAGAAAAUACUGCAGCAAGUUUUCCAUAAAUAAAGUUGAAGUUGGCAUUGUA